AUAUACGUAUAUCGAUAUUAGACGAUUCGAUAUAUUGUAUGUCUCGAAAGGAUAAAUCGAUAAGCCAAGUCGUGCUUUAUUUCACAAUGUUGUGUUUGAAAAUAAUUCUAACCUAAAUGUUGCGUUGUUGAGAUCGAACAUUAUCUGAAAUAUCUGCAUUAGUCAUCCUUAUUUAAGUAUAUGUUGAGUGGAUAAUAAAAGUCAGUAUAUAGAGCUUACUUGUUAUGUAUUUUGCUAGAAGAUCUAUUGUCAUUGCGGUUGCAGAAGGAAUCUUUGAAUCCAAAAGAUGUACAACCUAAACGUUUUUAUAGUCUUAUUUUCUCUUUCAACAAUUAGUUUGGGUAAUACAGUUAUUGAUAAAACUAAACCUUACUGCGAAUUCAACGAAGAAAUCUUUAGUCAUUCUUAUAAUUUAACUAAAUUGUCUAAAUCUGGAGAGGAUAUCGUCAUUCAUCAUAAUUCUAAUGAAACUAUACGAAUGCAGUUAUGUUCACCAUUGAUAAAAAAAUGCAAUGGGAAGGAUGGAUAUUCUAUAUGUUUAGAAAAAAAUGACAAAGAAAUAGGAAUAGGAAAAGUAAUACCAAAGUUGUCAACUAAAUCUGGAAAAAUACAUUUUACUUUUAACGGUGAUGAAUGCCAAUCGGGUGUCAAUUACACAGUGGAUAUUUUAAUAAUGUGCGAUUAUUCAAUUAACAGUUAUUCGAUACCAAGUACAUUUGAACAAAAAUAUAAAUGUCAAUUCCAUAUGGUAUGGAAAAGCGCUUUUGCUUGCGCUAAAAGAAAAGAAAUCAAUUGUACUGUGACUGAUCCUUCCGAUGGCUCUCAUUAUGAUCUUUCAGUUCUAAAAAGAUAUUCGGAUAAUUAUGAUAUACAUGUUGGAAACAAUACUUCUGUUAAUUUAAUAUUGAAUGUUUGUCAUUCCGUGAUAUUUGGAUACAACGUUCUCUGUACUAUAAAUUCGGGAGCUUGUCUUUAUGAUCCUCGAAAAGAACCUACAUUUAGGUAUUUAAAUUUGGGAAACGUUCAGAAACCUCUUACCAUAGAUUCUUCUAAAAAUCUGAUAUUAGAAUACGAGGAUGGAAGUAUGUGUAAGAAUGGACAACAGAUAGAACAUCAUAUUCGAACCACCAUUACAUUUAUCUGUAAUUUGGAAGCUAAAGAAACAUCUCCAGAGGUAACAGAAACUGAUGGCUGUCAUUAUCGAUUGAAAUGGAUAACCGCAGCUGCUUGUAGCUUAAAACUUUUACGUGAAUAUAGUGCAAAGACAGUUGGAAGAUGUACUAUAAAUAAUCCUGUUACAAAUUUUACGUAUGAUUUACAAUCUUUAAUGAAUAAAGAUUUGAAUGUUACUUCAUCUCAGGGUAAAACAUAUACAUUUCGAGUAUGUGGACCUGUUGCAACCAAUAAGUGUAAAGAAAAAACAGGAGUUUGUCUUAAAGAAAAUGGUACAUCUCUGGGUAUGGCUAACACAAAUCUGAUGUGGCAGCAGGGUGGACCAUACUUAAAUUACACGGAUGGUGACAAAUGUAGCGAUAAUAAGUACCGUCAAACAUUGAUUGCAUUUUUAUGUGGACCCGAAGGAUCGACUAAUGAUCCAAUUAUUAUUGAAGAAAGUCCUUGUCAGUUGAUCAUUCAUUGGAAUCUUAAUUUGAUUUGCGAACAUAAAAUUAAAUGCGCUACCGUAGAUAAUGAAAUUAAUUUAACUCCUUUAAUACGUUCGACUAGCAAUUAUAUUGUGAAACUAAAUAGUAGCGUAUUUUAUAUAAAUGUAUGUCAAUCUAUAGUAAAUAGUUCUGGUUUAGAAUGUGAGCAUGGUAGUGCCAUUUGUAAAACUUCAUUAAAUGCUAAUAAUGAACUAGUCAAAGAAAAUUUAGGUUUUCCUAAGAAUGCACCAGAAAUGAAUAAAGAUCAAAUAACAUUACGUUACCUCGAAGGCUCCGCAUGUCCAGAAAGAAGAGAUACCAAAAUUUCAUCAGUUCUUUUAUUUGUUUGCGAUGGCAAAAAUGAAGGCUUACCAGAAUUUAAAAAUUAUAAUAAUUGUACAUAUACUUUUGAAUGGAAAACUAGUAUUGCUUGUGGAGCUGUUAUGGGCGACUGGAUUCCACCAUGUACGAUAAAAGAUCGAUUUCUUUUAAAUCAAUUCGAUCUUUCUUUAUUGUAUACAAAACAGCCAAUGCAUUAUGUUAAAGGCAAAGAGAAAACUUACGGCAUAAAUAUAUGCGGAAAACAGAAAAAUUGCAAUGGUUCUACGGUGUGCCAAGAAUCUAACAAUUAUGGAUCUUUAUCAAACGUUAUUUUUGAUUAUAAUCGAAACUAUAUCAAACUUGAAUAUUUGAAUGGCAGUAAAUGUUCUAAUAGUUCUUAUAUGUCAGAAAUCAAGUUUAUAUGUAACGAGUCCAGUGAUAUUGGCGAACCAAAGCUGUCAUGGGAAUCCCAAUGUAGGGCAGAAUUUGAAUGGAACACAAACGUAACUUGCAUUCAUCGAACCAACAUGGAAUCAAAACUUAUUUCACCAGACAAACAAGAAACUAUUCAGAGUACUUCUAGUCAUGCCGGCCUAAUCGCUGGUAUCGUAAUUACCGUAUGUAUGUUCCUCCUAGCUUUAUUGUAUUAUCGCAAUCCAAAUAAGAGAGCCUGCUUGCAUUCCUGUUUUCAUUACUGCAAUUCCAGAAGAGGAAGUGGACGCGUCCAAUACUGCAGGGUAGGCACUACCGAACAGGCUCAUCUUCUAUUAGAUCCUAAUAACGAUCCGACGCAAUGUCAAUCGGAUAGCGAUGAUGAUAUUUUGGAUGCAUAGUUGUAUUAUUAUUCAAAUCAUUUGAUACAUAUGUUUUAUUUCAAGAACAAAACAAUGCGGCGGUGCUUAAUAUCUUCUUCAAAUAUUUUAAUCGCAUAAAAUAAUAUUACACUGUUCUUAUUGCACAGUGAUGAUCUCAAAAUUAUGAAUAACUUAUAAAGCAAAUACGUGUUACCGAUUAUUAUCGUGAAAUAAGAAUCACGCAUGUAGAUAACAAAAACUAAUUGUGAACAAGAGUGAAAUAGCAAUAAAUUGGAUACAAUUAUUGUGUAUAAAUGUUAACUUGUACUAUGAAUAAAUAUUAUUUACUCUAAAAAAACAAAAAAAAAACAAAAAAAAACAAUAACAUUUAAUUUUUAAUUACAAGGAUACUUUACUCAAGGAUACUUUAAUUACACAAUUGGAAUUAAUUUUCAUGAAAUAUAUUAUCAUGAAUAUAAUGUAUCAUCACUGUAAUUAGAAACAGUUAACAUUUUGUUAUAAUACUAUAUAUUUGGAAACAUUGAGAGAAUAUAUAUAGAAUUUUAUCAAUACAUUUACAUACAAAUAGAUAUGAUUAUUGAUUAUCAAUUAAAAUAAUAUUAAUUGUUAUUCAGUUGUUGAUUGAUAAAGUCUAAUGAAGUAUACAGCAAAUUAAAUGCAUUAUUUAUGUGUGAAAAGAUAUAUAAUAAAAUAAUAUAAGAAAUAAAUAGAAAAAUUAUCCUAUACCUGUACAUUGAGCAAGUAUAAGUUGUACAUACACUUACUACAUAAAGGAAUAAUUAUUUGCAUUUUUCAAUCGUUAACGAGUUAUACAGCAACAAUUCUAUAUAUAUAUAUAUAUGCAUAUAGUUAAUUGUUACUUUUAAUUAUCAUAAAUGUAUUUAUUGAUAUAUAUACGUAUGGAUUAUAUACGUAUUUAUAUCUGUUGUAACAGGGAUAUAACUCCUUUCUUUUUUUACAUUUUUCCAUUAUCAUUUGUACAUUUGUUAUAUAUUGCAAGGAGAAAGACAUUGCCUAUAGUUGCAUUAAAUAUUUCAAUACUAUUGCAAAUUUGUACACACACACACACACAAAAAGAUAUAUAGAAAUUGAACAAUUUUACAACAGCUUAAGAAUAACAAUUGUCAAAGCUAAAUCAAUUCUAUAAUAGGUACUUCUUUUUAAACAAAAUCUUGUUAACUUGUAUUAUUUAUUAAUAAACUACUAUUAUUAAUCUUA